UCAUCAGCAUCCGUUACGCCUUCUUCCUGUCGAAAGGAACAUUUCGCACACGCCCCUCAAGUUAUCGGCGAACGCAGUCUCACGCGUGCUGUGCCGUUAUACAUGAUAAGCUAUGAAGACGGCAACUUUAAUCCUGUUCGUGCAGGCGAUCUCGCUAGGGGCCUCAAAAGCGGGAACGCGAGAAUGUGCAGAAAAUGAAUUCUCUUGCGCAGACAGUGUGACGUGCAUACCUCAGGAGCAAGUCUGCGACUCGAUCGAGCAUUGCAACGACGGCAGCGACGAACUCAACUGCGAAACCUGCAAAGGAUUUCUGUGCGAAGAUGGCAAGUGCUUAGAGGGCGACUGGAAAUGUGACGGUGAUCAGGACUGCGCAGGAGGAGAGGACGAACACGAGUGUCCUCUACCGGAAUGUGAUGAGUACGAGUUCCUUUGCAAGCCCAAGAACAGAUGCAUGACCAACUACCUCGCCUGUGAUCGGGAGAAGGACUGUCCAGAUGGGUCUGACGAGGUCGAUUGUGAAAACCGCACCUGCCCUGGAUUCAAGUGCACAGAUCUCGCGUGCAUAAAAAGCGAGUACAGAUGCGACAAUGAGGAGGACUGUGCGGACGGAUCUGACGAGGUAGACUGUCCUCUACCCGAAUGCGAGAAAGAAAGACAGCUCUGCAAACCAAAGCGCGAGUGCCUGAAAAUUACGGACGUCUGCGACUUCAUUGUGGACUGUCCGGACGACUCGGACGAGCAGGACUGCGAAAGUUACGAAUGUGAAGGAGGCUUCAAGUGCGGAAACAACAAGUGCAUUCGGAGCUCGUACAGAUGUGACGGAGACGACGACUGUAAAGACGGUACCGAUGAAAAGGACUGCCCAAUGCCUGAAUGCGGGGAAGGCGAACUGCUGUGCGAAGAGAAAAAGAAAUGCUUGCUGUCAUCGGACAUAUGCGAUGGUAGAAUCGAUUGCCCAGACGAGUCUGAUGAGGCCAACUGCGCAGCGUAAGGUCACGGUGGAUAUCUGCGGUCCUAUCUUUGCACAGUAAAUAUUCACAAUGACUUGA